AUGCUAACCUGGCUAGGACAUAGCUCUUUUAAGCUAGAAUGUAAUGACUCGUCCAAUAACGCCAAAAAAAUAAUUUAUGUUGACCCUUGGCUGAGUGGACCAACUUGUCCAGAAAAUGAAAAAAAUCCAAAUCACGCUGAUUUGAUUUUGGUUACACAUUGCCGUGAAGAAGCAAUAAAUGAUAUAAUAAUGCUAAACCAAAGAACAGGAGCUAUGGUUGUAGGGGCUGGCGAUUUUUCAAGAUAUUUACAUUCAAAAGGUGCAUCAUCGAUUUACUUUAUGAAUAAAGGAGGGGAGUUUGAAAAUUCGUAUAUUAUUGCACAUAUGGUUCAUGCAGAUAAUUCAAGCCCUGAGCUGAGCGAUAAAGCUUAUAUAGGGACUUCUGUUGGAUUUGUAAUAAAUUUCAAAGAUGGCUCCCCAGCAGUGUAUUUUGCGGGGAAUACAAAUGUAAAUUCAGAGAUGAGGAUAAUUAGUGAUUUAUAUUCUCCAGAUAUUGCGAUUUUACCGAUUGAAGGAAGAUAUACAAUGGGCCCAGUUGGAGCUGCAUAUGCAGUCACUCAUUUUCUUGAAUCUGUAAAAGCUACAAUACCUAUGUCUUGGGAAAUAGGUUCAGAAGCACCCCAGCAGCUUGCAAAAGCUCUGCAGCCUCAGCAUAAAGUUUAUGUCAUGAGCCAUGGAGAAACUAUAGAAUUAAGAAGCAUAAUUUAA